CUGGAGCAGGCCUCGCCGGUUGGGGAGGUGGAGGACAGGGAAAGAAGCAGAAGGAAGAUCCGGGAGCUAGCGAAAACGAAAAGGGUCGGGCCUGGGACUGGCAAAACGGGAAAAGGAAGAACUGAAAGAGAAGACGACACCCAAUUCAUUUUUACCGUUUUUCUUUUUCUUUGAUUAUUAUUUUUUUUAUUUCAUUUUAAUUUGCUUUUAAAUAUAUAAAUAUAGACUACGUUAUUUCGGUGAUGCCGUCCAACGCUGCCGCCACCACCACCACAUUUAAAACUUCAGACUUCGAGUAUGACGCAGCUGCAAAUAAAAUGAGUGAAGAUAGACUGGACCAGGACAGCUUCAAGGAGGAGAAGCUGGCCAACAGCAUUCCCACCCGCAAAGUGGGAAGGCCUGGGAGGAAACGCAAGCAGCUGCCGGACUACCAGGGGCACUAUGGAGUGGAUGCCAUAUCAAGAAUGCUUAGAAUGAGUCAGGUGGCUAGCUGCGAGGCGACAAAGGAGAGCGUGGUGGGGUCGAAGGGUCACGCCGGCCCGGACGGCCAGUCCUCGGAUCAGGUGCACAACGGAGAGCUGGACGCCCAUGGUGGGGGCGCCGCUGCUGCUUCCUCCAAGCAGGACAGGAACAUCCCGGAGAAUGGCGUCCCCCGGGAGCCGGUCUGCAGGGCCGAGGGGCUUCCGGAUCAGGGCUCCUCCAGGCGCGGGGCGCGCAUGGACUCCUCCCUAGAGAAUGGGCUCCUCACCCCCCCAGACGACCAGGACUCGGAGAAGGACGGGGAGCCGGUGCCGCCCACCCCGCGCAAGAAACGAGGCAGGCGGAAACUGGAGCACCCGGAGAAACAUGUGGAGGAGAAGGAAGAGAGCAGUGCCGAGUCGGUCCGGACGGAGCAGGGAGAACGAGCCAGGCUCCGUGGGGGACUGGGCUGGGAAAUCAGCCUACGUCAGAGGCCCAUGCAGAGAAUAACCUUCCAGGCCGGCGACCCUUAUUACAUUAGCAAGAGGAAGCGGGAUGAGUGGCUGGCCAAAUGGAAGAUGGAGGCAGAGAAAAAGGCACAACUGGUUGCUGUGAUGAACGCGAUGGAGGAAAAUGUGGGGGCGGAGCCUCAGAAAGAGGAGGAGGAAGUAGUCAACAGCCCGCCACCCCCUCCCCCUCCCCCCCAGCAGCAGGCCACAGACCCCGCCUCCCCGACUGUCGCCACCACCCCAGAGCCAGUUCCGGUUGGCAGUGGCGACAAGGCCACACCCAAGUCCACAGACAUGGAGCCCGAGUACGAGGAUGGGCGUGGCUUCGGGAUCGGGGAGCUGGUUUGGGGGAAGCUGCGGGGGUUCUCCUGGUGGCCUGGUCGCAUCGUGUCCUGGUGGAUGACGGGGCGGAGCAGAGCCGCAGAGGGAACCAGAUGGGUCAUGUGGUUCGGUGACGGAAAAUUCUCUGUGGUCUGUGUGGAGAAACUGAUGCCUUUGAGUUCCUUUUCCAAUGCCUUUCACCAGCCAACCUACAACAAACAGCCCAUGUACAAGAAAGCAAUCUACGAGGUGCUACAGGUGGCCAGUUCCCGUGCGGGGAAGAUUUUCCCCGCCUGUCCCGACAGCGACGAGACUGACACUUCCAAAUCCGUGGACCUGCAAAACAAGCAGAUGAUUGAAUGGGCCAUGACGGGGUUCCAGCCUACUGGGCCCAAAGGCUUGGAGCCGCCUGAAGAGGAGCGUAAUCCUUACAAAGAAGUUUACCCCGAGAUGUGGGUGGAGCCCGAAGCAGCGGCUUACACCCCCCCUCCUCCCGCUAAAAAGCCCCGCAAAAGCACAGCCGAGAAACCCAAGAUCAAGGAGAUCAUCGAUGAGGGGACCCGAGAGAGACUCGUGUAUGAAGUGAGACAAAAAUGCAGGAAUAUUGAAGAUAUCUGCAUUUCCUGUGGAAGUCUGAAUGUGUCCCUGGAGCACCCCCUCUUCACAGGAGGCAUGUGCCAAAGCUGCAAGAACUGUUUCCUGGAGUGUGCAUAUCAGUAUGACGACGACGGAUACCAGUCCUACUGCACAAUCUGCUGCGGGGGUCGCGAGGUGCUCAUGUGUGGCAACAACAACUGUUGUCGGUGCUUCUGUGUGGAGUGCGUGGAUCUUCUGGUAGGGCCAGGUGCAGCUCAGGCAGCCAUCAAAGAGGACCCGUGGAACUGCUACAUGUGUGGUCACAAGAGCCUCUACGGGCUUCUGAGGCGCCGGGACGAUUGGCCCUGCCGUCUGCAGCACUUCUUUGCCAAUAACCACGACCAAGACUUUGAUCCACCAAAGCUUUACCCACCUGUCCCUGCCGAAAAGAGGAAACCCAUACGCGUCCUGUCGCUUUUUGACGGUAUUGCCACAGGACUGCUGGUGCUAAAAGACCUGGGGAUCCAGGUGGAGAGCUACAUUGCCUCAGAGGUGUGUGAGGACUCCAUCACUGUGGGUAUGGUGCGGCACCAGGGCCGCAUCAUGUAUGUAGGUGACGUGAGGAACGUCACACGCAAACACAUUCAGGAGUGGGGUCCCUUCGACCUGGUCAUUGGAGGAAGUCCCUGCAAUGACCUCUCCAUUGUAAACCCUGCACGGAAGGGUCUCUACGAGGGGACGGGGCGUCUGUUCUUUGAGUUCUACCGGCUGCUCCACGAAGCCCGCCCCAAAGAAGGCGACGACCGGCCCUUCUUCUGGCUCUUCGAGAACGUGGUUGCCAUGGGUGUCAGCGACAAGAGGGACAUCUCUCGCUUUCUGGAGUGCAACCCAGUGAUGAUCGACGCCAAGGAGGUGUCAGCCGCCCACCGUGCCCGCUACUUCUGGGGUAACCUGCCCGGUAUGAACAGACCGCUGACAGCCAUGAUCAACGACAAGCUGGACCUCCAGGACUGUCUGGAGCAUGGAAGGACAGCCAAGUUCGGCAAAGUGAGAACCAUCACCACUCGGUCUAAUUCUAUCAAGCAGGGCAAAGAUCAGCACUUCCCCGUCUACAUGAACGAGAAGGAGGACAUUCUGUGGUGCACUGAAAUGGAGCGGGUCUUUGGCUUCCCUGUCCAUUACACAGACGUGUCCAACAUGAGCCGGCUGGCCAGGCAGAGACUUUUGGGAAGGUCAUGGAGCGUACCGGUCAUCCGCCACUUGUUUGCACCACUCAAAGAGUACUUUGCCUGUGUUUAGACCGCCACUGCCCUCGUUGAGAGACCGAACGACAGAAAAAACACAAGAACUGAUA